ACAUCUUGACCUAAAAGGAUAAAAUUGACGCGGCAGAUUAGCAUUAAAGUGAAUGGAAGAUAGAUGAUUUAUACAAUGAAGAAAGAACAGAUUUUUUGGGUGUCUGUGUAUCUACUGCUUGAUUGUGCCUCUGCCCCUCUUAGUGCUGUCCUUGAAACUGAAGAUUAUGCAGAUAUUACAGAUGUCGAGUUGCCGCCACUGAAACUUCUACAUUCAUUUUGUGCUUUGAAACCGGAUAAUGGCCCAUGCAGAGCCAUGAUUAAGAAAUUUUUUUUCAACAUCCACACUCAGCAGUGUGAGGAAUUUAUGUAUGGGGGAUGUGAAGGAAAUCAGAAUCGAUUUGCAACUCUGGAGGACUGCGAAGAAAAAUGUACAGAAGUUUAUCCAAAGACUAGGACACAGAUAAAAUUAGAAAAAGAAAAGCCAGAUUACUGCUUUUUGGAUAAAGACAAUGGACUCUGUCGAGGUUAUAUGACUAGGUAUUUUUAUAACAAUGAGACAAAGAAAUGUGAAGAAUUCAAGUACGGCGGGUGCCUCGGCAAUCAGAACAACUUCAUGUCACUGGAACAAUGCAAGAGCACCUGUGAGGACUUAGAGCAUGAUCUUCAGUUGGAAGAAUCUGUGCACAAUACAGUCAUAUCUGGCUCUACGGAUAAUACACUGCCCAUUAGUUCUGGGGGCAGCAUGACACCACUUGAUUUGACGAAUAACGUAACCCCGGUUGAUUCUGUGAAUAAUGACUCCGUCGCUCCCCAGCCUGCCGAGGCUCCCAGCUUUUUGGAAUUUCACGGUCCUUCCUGGUGUCUGACUCCAGCAGACAGAGGAUUGUGUCACGCCAAUGAGAGCCGAUUCUACUACAAUUCCGUCAUUGGGAAAUGCCGCCCAUUUAAGUACAGUGGAUGUGGAGGGAAUGAAAAUAAUUUUACUUCUAAAAAAGCAUGUCUUAGGGCUUGUAAGAAAGGUUUCAUCCAAAGAAUAUCAAAAGGAGGAUUAAUUAAAACCAAAAGAAAAAGAAAGAAGCCGAGAGUGAAAAUAGUGUAUGAAAAAAUUUUUGUUAAAAAAGCAUAAAUUUUGUUACAUUAUUGUAUCAGUUCUAAAUAUUCUGGAUGAAACUUUUCACUAUAUUUUCUUUCCCAAAAUCCUUUUAAUGACUAUUUCCAUGAAUUUUCUAUGUACAUAUUAACCACUAUUAAUAAUUUGUAUCAGAAUUAACUUCUUUAUGUAAUCAAAGUGCAUAUUCAGGGGCUGAGUACUAUGAAUUUACUUACUCUCUCAAUCCCUCUCUAUUUCCCAUUGACUACAAGUUGUCAUAUUACUGACCACAUCCAAUCAGUCCAAUUUUACCUUUGGUAUCAGUUGCUCGAAAAUAUGGUGUCAUUUAUUUGUUUUGAUGAUGUAGAUGAUGAUCUCCUUUAUUGCCUAUGCACAGAUUAAAAAAUAUAGCCAUUAAAGAUCAAACACCCUUUGGAUUUCACAUCUGAAAUGGUGACAAGCACUUUCUUCUGCAAGGAUUGGUCAGUUGAGCGUUGAGGGAGAGCUGGUGAUGGUACAACCCAUCAUGUGCCUCCCUCCCUGGACGUAACUCUUCUCCUUGUUCGUAAGCCCGUGCCUCAGAUCAAUCUCGAGCCAAACCAUUAUCAGAACGAAAAGAGUCAACUCUAUCAUGUGCCUGAUUUUGAUUAACUAUUUUUUGUUGGUUUAUGACCCAUUAUAUUAGUAAAAAUGGUUGAAUAGUUGUGUGUUAAGUACAGAUCAUGGUAAGAAGAGGCUUGGUGGAAAGGGAAAUUUUUAAUGGUAAUCAAAAGGAAAUUGUUCGUGUACAUCCCAAAUUCAUUAUUUAACAAAGUUUUCUCUUACCCAAAAUUGUAAAAAUAUUUAAACCUGCUGAAACCUACUUAUUUAUCCUUAGGCUCUGCACGUAGUACAACCCAGUAAGUCAUGUUUAAGGUGGGGGAAAAAAAAGUCAUGUUAUUUCUGUCGAAGAGGAAGAUUCUACUAGAAAAAUCUAUGUGAUAUUCCCUCUCAGUGGCCUAACCUUUCCUUGGAGUUCAUUCUGUUCCUCCAGAUCUAGACCUUUCCUUCCCGGCUCAGCUGUUGCCGUGCGGAUCUCCACAGCCUCCCGGACAUUCCAGUCUCUUAGCGCUCAUCUCUAGCUUUGCAUUUAAAUGUGAACUUGCCAUCUAGAAGCAAGUAACCAUUUCAUCUACUUAGUUUAGCUUUAUGACUUUUCUCUAGCAGUAGUGUUAUAAUUUUGCCUGUUCCUCAGUCUUGAAAGUUUGAAGCCAAUUUUGACUUCUUAUUUUUCUUCAUAUAUAUAUGUAUGAAGAAAAAAAUAUAUAUAUCAUCAGUCUCUGAACACUAUUGCUUCCUGUUUCAUAACCUUCAGCUCCAGGCUUUUUGCCCCUAUUGCAUUCUUCACAUCAGUACUGGUUUAAUUCCUAAGAAUUAAUUCAAUAUAUUUCUCCACCUCUCAGAAUCCAUCAAGGACUCACUAGUUGGUACUUAACCUCAUCCCAUUCCCCACAAUUUUAUUUUGAUAUGUAUUUUUUUGGAUUUAACUACUGCCCUCUUUCUUGAGUUUCAAUUUAGUUAAAAGGGUAUGCACUAUUCACUGAAUACAUCUUUAAUUACUCAACUUAUUCAUGCUGAUUUCCUACCUAAAAAUGUGAUCUUUUCUCAACUUUCCACAUGAAUUCAGGGUCCAGCUCAUGAGCGCUAUAAAAUCUACAUAGUUCUGAGGCUGAAUAUGAAGUCCUAAGAUAUAAUUAUAAAUCAUUUUCAUCCUAUGACAUAAAAAUUAUAUCAUUAUAAAAUAGUUCACUUAAUUUUAUAUCUUGAUUUCAAAUAGAAUACAUACACACAAUAUAUACAUAAGUAAUAGUCUUAAACUGAAUGUUUGCUGUGGGAUUUGAGACUUUGGGAAACCAAAAUCCCUGUGCAAUAUGCUUUCUUGUCAUUUAUACCCUUAAAUAAAGGGUAAUGUCUCCUUAGGUCAAGUGAUUAGUUGCUACCAACAACGUAUAAAUAACACAGUAGUGAGUUGGACGUUUUCUCCAAAAACCAUCCAUGGAUUCAUUACAUAAUCAAGAAAGACUCACACUGAGAUAGUUUGCAAUGUUUAAUUCACAAGAAUAUUAUUUUUGCUGUAUUUUUAGAUAAGAAGCUCUCUGGUGGUACUGUCUUACUUUGUUUUACAUAAUCAAAUACAUCUAACUGUGAAUUUUAUAUAGAAUUACAUUAUACAGCAUUUAUAUAUAUUUACCAACUUUGUUUAUUCUGUGUUCAAAAUUAACAAAUCAUGCUGAAAACUGCUCAAAUGAUUUUAGUUUUUACAUUACAAGAAAUAA